AGUCUCGGUGCUGUCAGACCCUGGAGUCUCUUUGUGCACAGGCUCCGAGCAAAAGUUUGGACUUCGCUCCCUGCCUGCUCUUCACUUAAAGGUUUUUUUUUUUUUUUUUUUUUUUUCAUUUUUGAGCAAAGAGACAAGAAAAACGUUUGACCAUGCUGCUCAGUGUUUCCUCAAAAGAACAAGAGUCACACGCUCUGGAGUGGAGGUACUGGCGUUAAAACUUUUUGAAACUUCUCUUCAAGGACGCAGCGAUGAAUAACGAGACCAUCCCGCGGCCGAUGGUUCCCACUAUCCCGUCCAUCAUGUUUAUUUUCGGGGUGGUGGGGAACGUCAUCGCCAUCGUGGUGCUGUGUAAGACCCGGAGGGAGCAGAAGGAGACCACUUUCUACACUCUGGUGUGUGGACUGGCUGUAACGGACCUGUUGGGCACGCUUCUGGCCAGUCCUGUCACUAUCGCCACUUAUGUGAAGGGCAUGUGGCCCGGAGGAGAGCCUCUGUGCCAGUACUUUGGCUUCACCAUGCUGUUCUUCUCUCUGGCGGGGCUCAGCAUCAUCUGCGCCAUGUCAGUGGAGCGUUACAUCGCCAUAAACCAUGCUUACUUCUAUAACGACUUCGUGGACCAGCGUCUGGCGGCGCUCACGCUGUUGGGCAUUUACGUGUCCAACGCGUUGUUUUGCGCGCUGCCCAGCAUGGGCUUCGGGCAGAUCAAAAUGCAGUACCCGAAGACCUGGUGCUUCCUGGAAUGGAGGAGCAACCGCACCAGCGACGCCGCGUACUCCUUUACGUACGCCGGACUGAGCUCUGUGCUCAUUAUGGCCACUGUCAUCUGUAACGUGCUGGUGUGCGUGGCUUUGAUCCGCAUGCACCGGCUCUACGUGCGCAGGAUGUCUCUGGGCACGGAUCCUCAGCGCAACGUGGACCCGCGCAGGAGAGCGCGUAGCUUCAGCCGUUUGGCCGGAGCAGAGAUCCAGAUGGUCAUUUUGCUCAUCGGCACAUCGGUAGUCAUUCUGGUCUGCUCCAUUCCACUAGUGGCACAGGUGUUUCUGAACCAGCUCUACAAGACCCCGGUGGAGAAGCUUUUGGAGAAGAACCCAGAUCUGAGAGCCAUCCGCUUCGCCUCGUUCAACCCUAUCCUGGACCCCUGGAUCUACAUCCUCCUGCGGAAGGCUGUGCUGCUGAAGCUCAUAGAAAAAGUCAAGUGUCUGUUCUGUAAGAUGGGAGCACGGGGCAGGCAGCAGGCACCCGGUAACUUCCACUGCAUAGACUCACAGCACCAAUCUUCACUUAUAUCCAGACAAGACUCUCAUUCCGUGGUGUCCCAGGACUUAAGGGGAGCCACAACUUCCUCACAAACGUUCUUUCCACUGCCAGAGAGAACUGAUCUACUUUCUGUCACUUUUCAAAAGUUAACGAAAGACUCACAAGCUUCGUUUUCUUCAGAGCAGAGCAGUGAAGAGGUAAAACUUCCCGCUCUACCCUGUACCAAAGACACAGCACUACAGGUGUCUCUAACAACUCAAACUGUGGAGGAAAAAUCAAUUUGAGCAUUGUAAACUUAUCUGAAAAUCUGAAAAAGACUGAAAACAAUUAGUAGGCACAUACAUUAACACAGCUGCAGAGGUGGGUGGAUAAAUGUGCACUAAGGCCCGUAUUAGGAGAGUAUUUGCACUUGGUGGUUACAUUACAGUCCAUUUACGUUUUCUGUCAACUAGUGUCGUCACGAUAUUAAAAUUUCAAACUUGAUUUCAAUACUAAAGGAUAGACUGAAUACCCAAUACCACAAUAAUAAUAAAAACACUCUUUUUUUAAGUCGAUAUAAUGUCAUUUUCAACAUUAAAUAAUAGUACUUUUUUUAUAUUACCAUGUGGCCUUAUAUCUGUGUAAUCCCUCAGUGGUCCAAGUAGGUUCCAUAGUGGUCCAUGGGCGUAUACUAGUCUAUGUGGUCUUAUACUUGUUCUGAUACAGCUCAAGACUAUUCAGGAAAGGUUCAUUUCUGUCCUGUUGAUGUGACUUUAUUAGUAUCGAUACUAGCUCAAAUGAGUAUCUACUUUUCGUACUACUUAGUAUCGAUUAGUAUCUGAAUUUCAAUACGCUUCACAACCCUAGGGCGAACCACUAUCACAACAUGUACACGCACAUUUGCUCCUGAAUAUCAGCUUUGGAAUCAUGUAAAAAUGUUGAGAAAAUUUUUAUCAAUAUUGCCAAACUCUUGUACUACAAUGACUACUUUUUUGGCCUGGUUAGAUUCCAGCUUGGCUAGUCAUAAAUCUUGAUCAAGAGCCAACAGAAGUAUGUGAGAGCAGUUACUUAAGUCAGAUGUGAAGUGAAACAAAAUGAAACAUUUUUCCAUAGUAUACAUUUUUGCCAAAAUUUCAAAACUAUUCAAUAUGUGUGAGAUGAGUUGUCACCCUUACAAAGCAGUUUACAAAAGAAGCUGACUACACCAUGCAAGAUUUAGAUUCCAAACAUGUGGCCACAAUGCUACAACCUUUCAGUAAUUCUAAAAAAAAAAAAAAAUUGAUACAUACACCCGUCUUUAAAGAGCCCAUAUUUUCUGAUCUACUUUUAUAUAAUGUUGUUUCCUCAUCACAAACAUACGUGGAGUUGUGUUUUGUUCAAUUCACACAUGGUUAACACACAGACCUUGAGUAUUUAAGUAUACACCUUCCCUAGACUCAUUUGGAUGAUUUUAGUCCUGGAUUUGGCAAUCUCUACUGAAUCAAAGGCUAAAGGUAGCUUAAAGGUAGCUAUUAACUUGAAACUCAAACGUGUGAAUGAAACAAAACACAACUCCACUAUGUUUUUGGUGAGAUAACAGCAUUAUAACAUGGCUUAAAGCUCACACGAGUCAAUUUUGCGUAAUAUAGGACCUUUAAGUUUGCAUCAGUAAUAGCAAGAAUACAAUAGAUGCAAGCAAGUAAUAAGCACUGUCAACCAUACUGAAAUUUACAUAAUAUUUUUUCAAAUAACUGCCCAUCUCUGUGUUGUGUGAAUUAGUUUUGUCAUAAUGAAACUUGAAGCGUGUGUUGUUUUAGCACAGAUCUACCUCAUAAGUCACUGGACUCAGAGCAGAUGUUGUUUUAAGCGGAGAUGGCCCACUUCUCCUGUGUCAGUGAUGGAAAAGCUAUCAUUUGUCCCCUCCGCUGUCGUCAUGGAAACCUUACCGUAAAGCAGUUCAGGCUGGUGCAAAGCCAAGUUGAAUGUGAUCCGUGUGAUUCAGGCCUGGUUUUGCUGAGUGUGGUCCCUUUUCUUUAACAGUGUGUAUUGUGCAGUCACUUGAAGGACAUUGUGUGGUGGAUCAGUGACUAAUGUUCAUCGAUAGAACAGCUCCGUUUUGUUCUUUAGCUCUGGAAAACUCUACAAUGUCAGUUUAAAUGGACAUCAGCACCUGGAUUACAGUAAAAGAUCAUAAUAGAAUUGGAAACUUCCACCACUACUGAGUCAUGUGUCUUCAUGUUUAGUAUUAGAAGUGUAUAAAAAGCCUUUAUUUUAACAGUAAUAUGGCUGUUGAUUCUUCUCUGUGAGAAGGUUGUAACUUCUGUCUGUUCGUCCACCUCUUGUUAGGCCUGUCACGAUAACACGUUUUGAUGUGAGAUAUAUCGAUAAGAAAAUACAGAUGAUAAACAGUAAUACUGAAAGUAAUUACUGACAUAACCCCACAGCAAAUUUAAACUACUAAAAACUAUUCUAAAUAUUCUAAAUUGUUAGAAAAUCAUGAGCUGCAGUACAUAAAUAGCAGACACCUAAGUACUAAGUUUGAUUUAUUCAACCUUUUACAACUUAAAUCUUAUCACAUAGCCAAAAAAUAACCAGGAAUUUCACAGUAUUGCAAACAAAAAUUACAUAAGAUAAAUAUUGACCUAAAAAAUAUUGUUUUAUCUGUCAUGUAUUGAACCAUAAAUCGAUAUAGUAAUUAUCGUGACAGGCCAACCUAUUGUCUGUAAUGUUGAUCAGAUUUUUGAUGUCCAACUUCCCCAAUGAAAAUACACUAUGUACUGU